ACUUCAGUCGUAUUUUAUCACUCUGGCAGGCAGGACACGGUUUGUCAAAAACUUCACAGAUAAGAGCAACAUACUACCGUACAAAGGAAAAUCGCAAACACCGGUAAAUCUUCCACCGUUGAUUUCAAACAAAUGCGGUUUACAGUUAAAUUCCAACAGUCAACAUACUAAAAGCAAGAUGUCGCUCAGUACCAGUGCAAAUUUGGUGAAAUAUUUACUAUUUCUAUUCAACUUUCUUUUCGUGAUAACGGGCAUCUCGAUUAUGGCGGUAGGCCUAACUGUUCAAGGUGCCUAUCACAACUUCUCCGAUAUCUUAGAUCCACAGUUCUUUAGCGUCCCUACGUUUCUGGUUGUGAUAGGAUGCUUUAUUUUUAUAAUCGCUUUCUUUGGAUGCUGUGGAGCCUACAAGGAAAACUAUUGCAUGACACUUACGUUCUCAAUAUUAUUGGUACUAAUAUUCAUAUUGGAAUUGGCAGCUGGUAUCAGUGGGUACGUGCUGAGAAAUGAUACCUACAAUAUGGUAUCGAAGACUUUACGCAAUUCGAUGACGCAAUACGGUGGAAACUCGAGCCAUGAAAUCACAAUUCUCUGGGAUGAAAUUCAAGUUGAUUUCGACUGUUGUGGUGUUGACAGCUCGGACGAUUGGAUUAAAAGUAAUGACAAGCUAUUCAAUGCCACAACCCUUCCGAUGACGUGUUGCAGGACGGCCGUUGGAACUAUCGGUUACAUAAAAUGCCCGGAUUCAGAAUUUCCGGACCGCAUGCGAAAGGACGGAUGUGUUAAGUCGUUUGGAAACUACAUUCGAUCGCAUGCGGUUAGUUUGGGUUCGGCUGGAAUUGCUAUCGCAGUUAUACAGUUUUUCGGGAUCUUUUUCGCAUGCUACCUAUCGAAACAGAUAAAAAUGCAACAUGGUCAUAGCGGAUUCUAAUUUAAUAAUGUGAUAGCCGUGCUGUUUAUAUAAAUUGCGUGCAAUAAAUGCACAUGUAAUAUAACAUUA